AUGCAUUUCUCACGAGUAACACUUUCGGCCGCAAUCGCCUCGACGGCAGCAGCGUACAGCGCAACACAGCGAACAUUCGCUGUCAAUCAUUUUUAUGGAAAGGGACCUUUGGUUCAGGCACGCAUGGAUCCGAUCAUCAACCCAGGGGGGCCAUCUGGACACGUACACGCGAUUCAGGGAGGAAACGCUUUUGCGGUUACCAUGACGGAUACCCAGGCCUUGGAGCAGUCGACUUGCACGUCGUCUUUGGUUAAGAACGACAAGAGUAACUACUGGACUCCUUCUUUGUACUUCAAAGAUCCUACUACUGGAAUGUUGGAAUCCGUGGAAAUGUUCUACAUGAACGUAUACUACUUCUUCGAACCGACCACGGACAAAAUCCAAGCCUUUGAGCCAGGUAUGCGCAUGGUCAUCGGAGACCCAACUCUUCGCAGCCCACCUUCAUCCAAGGGCAACCUCAACCUUGAUCUCGGAAACGGCCAGCCAGCCCAGCCCAUUCAAUGGACCUGCCCACGAUCAAACACCAACGUCCCAUUGUACCCAGCCGACUCAGACGGGCUUCACGGUGUUGGUAUCGGAGACUCAAACAACAAGGGAGCUGGAACUGGAUUCCCAGACCAAAACUGCGACGGAUAUGCCUCUCCUCUCCGAGCAGAUAUCCACUUCCCAUCCUGCUACAACCCAAAAGCCGGUCUUCGGGACUACAAGACCAACGCCGUCUUCCCAACCAACUCCAAGUGUCCAGAAGGAUGGAUUCACACCCCACACAUGUUCUACGAAGUCUACUGGAACACACCUAAAUUCGCCUCUCGCUGGACCCCAGGACAAGGCAACCAGCCAUUCGUCCUUGCCAACGGUGAUCCAACAGGUUACGGUCUCCACGCUGAUUUCAUCUCUGGCUGGGACAAGGAAACCCUCCAACAGAUCAUCGACAACUGCGAUGCAGGAGACGCCGGAAUGGACAAAUGCCCAGGUCUUAUCGGUGGUCUGAAUGACCCAUCCACAACCUGCAACAUCGUCUCUCCCAUCGAGGAAACCAUCUUUGGCACCAUGGCCGCCCUCCCAGGUAACAACCCCAUCUCCGAAUGGGGCGCCAAAGUCGCUGGAGGAGUCGCAUCCGCCGCAGGAGGAGCAGUCUCCUCCAGCGCCGCCGCCCUCCCAACCGUCGCCAUCAAGAUCCCAGUCGGCGCAACCACCACCGCCGUAGCAGCCGUCCAAACCACCUUCGUAAGCAGCGUCUCGACGCCCGUUGCCGCUUCUCCAGCAGAAUCAACCGCAACCGGCACUCCCUCCACCAGCGCAUCCGUCGCAUCAGGCUGGACCUACAAAGGCUGUUUCGGCGACGGCGAGCACACCUCGCGCGUCCUCACCGGCAUCACAUUCGCCAACGUCGGCAAAGUCUCCAACACCAACUGCGUCGCCUACUGCGCCAAAGCCGGGUUCUCCAUGGCGGGCACCGAGUUCGGCGGUCAAUGUUUCUGCGGGAACGCCCUGAGCACCACCACUCCGCUCGACGACAGCAAAUGCAGUAUGCCAUGUGAAGGCGACUCGACCCAGAAAUGCGGUGGCAGUCUCGCACUCAGCGUCUAUAGCACCGCUGCUAAGACAAGGAGACAUGCUAGACAUAUGGCGUUGCAUCUCUCUUAA